UGUUGCCUAAUCUCUCUUUCAUUCGUGAUUUAACCUGAUUGCAAUUUUUUGUGAACACCUUCCUAUAGCAAUCACGCGUUUGUCUUUGUUUAUUUGGGUUUCUUCUUAUCAAAUUUUUCGAAAGUUUAUGUGCUUCGCAAGACAGUGUAAACAAUAAUUUUUUAAAAACUUUUCAGUAAAUUAUUGUUUUUAAAUACCUAUAUUAUUCAUUACAUAAUUAAUCGAUUAUGGCUUCAACAUCCGCGAAUUCGCCAAGUCUUUCUAAAUCGAAAAAUAUGGAUUCCGAUGCCACGCCGGAAAAGAUCUUGUUAGGCAUAGAUAUCGGCGGAACGUAUUCUCGAGUAGCGGUGAUUAAAUUUAAAGAAAAUACGGAAAAUAAAAAAGCUGAUAGUUUCGAGGUUACUUAUAUAAAAGAAAUCCCCUCAGUGGUUUCCUUUCUAGAAAAUGGUAAAUGUCUCGUGGGUGCAGAGGCUGAAAAGCGAAUUUUUAGGAGGCCACUAAAUACGUUUCACGCAACCAAACGAUUAAUUGGCAGGCGGUUCGAUGAAGAUGAAGUUAAAAAUUCCAAGAAAUGUGUUGGCUACGUGAUCUCCAAAAACGCCGACGACGGUCGCGCCUACUUAUUUACCGAUCAAGGAAAUUGGGCUCUAACGAUAGCGCAAUUCGAAGCUCUAAUUUUAUUAAAACUGAAAGAAUUUUGCGAAAAGGAACUUAAGAUUACAAUUCGCGACAUUGCGCUGACUAUACCGCCGUAUUUUGUCAGCUCUUAUCAAACCCAAGUUGUAUUUCAAGCCGCCUCGAUAGCAGGAUUACAUGUCUCGAGAGUAUUUUAUUCUCCGAAAGCUGCGAUCAUUGGUUUUGGCGUAGAUCACGACACUUUGAAGGGCGUUAAAAACGUUAUUAUUUACGAUUUUGGCGGCACGAGCUUUAACGCUACCGUUGUAGUAUUCGAAGAAGGAGAUUACCACGAAGGCACAAUUAUGUCAACGGUACAGAACCAUUUCUUAGGAGGCCAGAAUUUAGAUGAAAAAUUAAUGGAUCACUUCGUCACCGAAUUGCAACAUAAACUAGGAAUAACCAACUGUACGCUGUCUAAAUCGGCCAUUCAUCAAUUAAGAAUGCUAGCCAAGAAUACAAAGGAACAUCUUUCGACCUGCAUGGAAGUCGACGUCAUCGUUUCCGGGAUAUUUAUUGAGAAUUGGGUGUCGCAAGAUGAGCAUGUACAUCAUCCGAAACCGAAAAGUACUAGCCGUAAUGCAACAUUCAUUGAAAGUUUAACCAUACAGGUGACCAGAAAUAAAUUCGAAGAAUUGGUAACCGACUUGAUCGAAAGCACAAUCAUUUUGUGUUUCGAAGCGUUGAAUAAAGCAAAAAUAAGAAUAUCCAAAGACGUAAAGGUUGAAUUUUUAGCAGUCGGUGGUACAAGCAGGAUACCAAAGGUACAAGCCACCAUUGAGAAAUACUUCGAAAAGAAGCCUUUCGAAAUCACCAGCACGAAAUACGAUUACAGUAGUAUAAAUGUCAUCGGGGCCGCUCUUUCUGCCAGUAUGCCACGCUAUAAGUCGCCAAAGCAACUAUGCACUUCUGCCAUCCGAGUUCCCGAAUUUGUGAGGGAGGGUGAAGUAUACCGGUCGAGAAUAGUGGAUGAUGAUAAAGCCAGAACUUCAGAUGCUACGGUAACCAGCCCUUCGAGAACGCCUAUUUUAGAUAUUAGCGUUACGGAGGACCUCACUGGGUCAAUAAUAUGUAAAACGUGUAGAUAAUACUCGUACCACUCUAGAAACCUCUUCGUUACGCUAAAUUAUGCUAUCCGAAAUCGCAUGUACUUAAUUAUCGCUUACACGUGAGUGUUUUAUUAAAAUUAAUUUUUCUCUCAAUUACUUAUGAUUAUAGCUUUUCGUGAAAUAAUCAUCUGCCAAAUGUGUCUUUAUUUUGCAUCACCACUGAGUACCUAUUUUUAUUACUUGAACAAUGAAAAGGUUUCGAUGAAUUUUUUCAAAUUUGAGAUCGUUGAUAUGUUUUACAUAGUAUGUACAGACCAAGUGUAAAGUGUGCGUAAUUUCCUAAAACAGCGAUUUUUUUUUGAUUUUUCCAAAAUAUACCUUCUUAUCGGUUAACCAGUGCGUAAAGUUAUGCUUCGAAUUCAAAUCGUUAUUCAUUGUGGCUCAAUCGAACUAAAAUUCCUAAUAUUCCCCAAGAAGAUAAGUUUUAAACGAAUUAACGUUGACAGUUGAUAAAGUCGGCUAUCAUGUUCAGGAUAUUUUUAUUUUUAUUUCCUCACCUCAUUCCAAAAAUAAAACCUAUUCUAUCCUA